GCGGCCGCCCCGGGCCAGCUCGGUCUCCUCCAGAGCCAGACCCAGCCUCUCACCCAGCUCAGGCUCUGGGCGCUGAAAUUCAGACCCCCAGAGAGGGCGCUGUUCGGCUCUGCACGUCUUUCCUGUCCACAUCCUCCAAGUGACUGGGGUCCACCACAGGAACGCUCUGAGGGGAAGCCCCGUCACCUGACAGAUUUCCUUCUGAGGCUGGGGCUCUGAGGGCGGGAGGAGCCUCACUGUGCCAAGUGCCCGGCCCACCCCUCGCCUUGGCUCAGAUCAGCCCUACCACAAAAGCAGCUGCCGUUUCCCCGCGUUCCAAGGAAAUGGAAGGACAGGGAGUUCUGUGUGACGCCCGCCUCAGGCCAGAGCUGUGUGGAGUGAGCGCCCCGUCAGGGGAGGCAUUCGAGCCAAACGCUGGCCUAGCACCUGCUGUAGUUCCGUAGUGGACGCCUACCAUCAGGUCAGGCCGGGGCGGGGUAAGGAGGCUUCCCCACCCCGCGCCGAGCCCCGACCCGCCCCGCGCCCGCUCGCUGUCUCUGUGCGCCAGCACCGACCCCCGGCGCAGCUGCCCCCGGAGUCCCGCCCAGCUCCACACCCCGGCAUCUACGGUGCCCCCACACCUAGCGCCAGGCGCGCUCCCCGGUGCAGACAGCGCCCCCAGACCGCGCUCUAGGCCGCCCGCGCCCCCGUCCCCGCCCCUCCGCCACGCCGCGCUACUAGCCUCGGCCCGUUCCUGGCUCGCCUCGCGGAUCCUUGGCCCCGCCUGGACCCCACUGUCCUCCGCCCAGUCCCCGGUCCCCAGCGUUCCUGGUCCUGCCCCUCUGGCGGGGGCGCCCAGCGACCCGGACUGGCACGGGGGCAGGCACUUGCCUGCCUCGUGGGCAGAGGAGCCGCCGCUCGCGAGACGCCGGCCGGGGCAAUACGACGAAGGGAGCAGGCGGUCAGGAUGUUCCUGGAGCCCCAGGAAACUAUGCCCCAGACAUCUGUCGUCUUCUCCAGCAUACUUGUGCCCAGCUGUAGCGGACAGGUGCAGCCUGGCAUGGGGGAGCGUGGAGGCGGGGCCGGCGGCGGCUCUGGGGACCUCAUCUUCCAAGAUGGACGCCUCAUCUCGGGGUCCCUGGAGGCCCUGAUGGAGCACCUUGUUCCCACGGUGGACUAUUACCCUGAUAGGACAUACAUCUUCACCUUUCUCCUGAGCUCCCGGGUCUUCAUGCCCCCUCAUGACCUGCUGGCACGCGUGGGGCAGAUCUGCGUAGAGCAGAGGCAGCAGCUGGAGGCCGGGCCUGAAAAAGCCAAGCUGAAGUCCUUCUCAGCCAAGAUUGUGCAGCUCCUGAAGGAGUGGACGGAGGCCUUCCCCUAUGACUUCCAGGAUGAGAAGGCCAUGGCCGAGCUGAAAGCCAUCACACACCGUGUCACCCAGUGCGAUGAGGAGAAUGGCACAGUGAAGAAGGCCAUUGCCCAGAUGACACAGAGCCUGCUGCUGUCCCUGGCUGCCCGGAGCCAGCUCCAGGAACUGCGAGAGAAGCUCCGGCCAUCGGCUGUAGACAAGGGGCCCAUCCUCAAGACCAAGCCACCUGCUGCCCAGAAGGACAUCCUGGGCGUGUGCUGCGACCCCCUGGUGCUGGCCCAGCAGCUGACUCACAUUGAGCUGGACAGGGUCAGCAGCAUUCACCCUGAGGACUUGAUGCAGAUUGUCAGCCACAUGGACUCCUUGGACAACCACAGGUGCCGAGGGGACCUGACCAAGACCUAUAGCCUGGAGGCCUACGACAACUGGUUCAACUGCCUGAGCAUGCUGGUGGCCACUGAAGUGUGCCGGGUGGUGAAGAAGAAGCACCGGACCCGCAUGUUGGAGUUCUUCAUUGACGUGGCUCGGGAGUGCUUCAACAUCGGGAACUUCAACUCCAUGAUGGCCAUCAUCUCUGGCAUGAACCUCAGUCCUGUGGCGAGGCUGAAGAAAACCUGGUCCAAGGUCAAGACAGCCAAGUUUGAUGUCUUGGAGCAUCACAUGGACCCAUCCAGCAACUUCUGCAACUACCGCACAGCCCUGCAGGGGGCCACGCAGAGGUCCCAGAUGGCCAACAGCAGCCGUGAGAAGAUCGUCAUCCCUGUGUUCAACCUCUUCGUUAAGGACAUCUACUUCCUGCACAAAAUCCACACCAACCACCUGCCCAAUGGACACAUUAACUUCAAGAAAUUUUGGGAGAUAUCCAGACAGAUCCAUGAGUUUAUGACAUGGACACAGGUAGAGUGUCCCUUCGAGAAGGACAAGAAGAUUCAGAGUUAUCUGCUCACGGCACCCAUCUACAGUGAGGAAGCUCUCUUCAUUGCCUCCUUUGAAAGUGAGGGUCCCGAGAACCACAUGGAAAAGGACAGCUGGAAGACCCUCAGAGGCCAAGGCAAGAAGAUCACUUGAAAUCAGGAGCUCAAGAACAGCCUGGACAACAAAUCAAGACCCUGUAUCUACACACACACACAAACAACAACAACAAAAAAAUGAGUUAGAUGCAGUGGGGCGUGCCUGUGGUCCCAGCUACUUGGGAGGCUGAGGUGGGAGGAUCACUUAAGCCCAGGAGGUUGAGGUUGUAAUGAGCCAUGACUACCCCACUGCACUCCAGCCUUGGAGACAGAGCAAGAUCCUGUUAAUUAAAACAACAAACAAAUAAACAAAAAUGCCCAACAAGGAAGAGAAAGGAAGUCAUUGGCAAGCUCAUUCAUGAACACAUAUUAAAAACACCUGAAGUAUAUACAUACCCACACCCCCGACACGAAUACUUAUGAGAUAUGUAAAUGUGAAUACCUGUGUGUAUAUAUGUAUGCAAACCAAAACCACCAAUGUAAAGUAAAUAUAACACAUGACUGACUGGAAUUUGUCCUAAUAAUGCAAGGGCACUUGAGAAAAUCUAUUAACUCAAUUUAUCUCAUUCACUUCUGGUGGGAAUGCAAAAUGGUACAGUCACACUGGAAGACAGUUUGGCAGCUUCCUACAAAGCUAAGCUAAACAUUCUCUUACCAUAUGAUCCAGCAAUUGUGUUCCUUGUUAUUCAUUCCAAGGUUGAAAACAUGUCCACACAAAAACCUGCACAAAGAUGUUUACUGCAGUUUUAUUAAUAAUUGCCAAAAUUUGGAAGCAACCAAGAUCCCCUUCAUAGGUGAUUGGGUAAACUUUGGUUAUGUUUAGACAACGAAAUAUUAUUUCGUACUAAAAAGAAAUGAGCUCUCAAGCCAUAAAAAGGCGUGGAAGAAGCUUAAAUUCAUAUUACUAAGUCCAAGAAGCCAAUCUGAAAAGGCUACAUACUGUAUGAUUCCAACUAUAUGACAUUCUGGAAAAAGCAAAACUAUGGAAACAGUAAAAACAUCAGUGGUUGCUAGGGGUUAGAUGGUAGAGAGAGACGAGUAGUCAGCCUAGAGGAUUUUUGGGGCAUUGAGACUGUUCUGUAUCAUACUGUAACAUUAUACAUUUGUCUAAACCCAUAGCAUAUAGAAAACCAAGAGCGAACCCUAAUGUAAACUAUGGACUUUAGGUGAUUAUUUUGUGUCAAUGUGGGUUCACUGGUUGUAACAAAUGUACUACUAUUAUGGCAGAUGUAGAUAACAGAAAAAACUGUGCAUGUGUGUGGACAGGGGGUGUUAAAGGAAACUCCACGUACCUUCUGUUCAGUUUCUCUGUGAACCUAAAACUGCUCUAAAAAAUAAAUUCUAUUGAAGAAAGUAGAAAUCAUAAGGAAGAAAGAUUAGUUACAAUAAAGUUAAUUUUUAUUCCUCAAAAAGUACCAUCAAAAUUGGGAAAAGACAAACCCCAUUGGGUCUUAAUGAGAGAAGAUAUCUGCAAACAUUAAACCAACAAGAAUUGGCAUCCAGAAUAUGUAAAGAAUCCCUAUGAACUGGUAAAAAUGGACAAAAAGAUUGGAGAUAAAUCCUAACUACAGUUCACGCCUACAGCCCACCAAAUUGGCAAGAAUAAGCCUGACAAAAUUAAGCACUGUCAAGGAUGCAUAAUGAACUCACCCAGUGCUGGAAGGUGGUCCUCUCUGGAAAGUUAAACAUGCACACAAUUGAUGGCUCAGCAUUUUUACUCCUGGAGAAAUUCUGGCACACUUACAAGAGAUAUACAGUGAUGUUCACGACAACAGGCUUGUAAUAGCAACAGCAAACCACAAAAAUCUGUACACAACCAAAACAGUUACCAACAAGAGAAUAUAAAAACAACCUGGAAACAACCAAAGUAUCUACUAACAGUAGAAUAAGUAUAGUAGUACAUUCAUACUGAAGCGGUUAAAAUAUGCCAUUCUGCCAUGCUAUUUAAAUUGAAGACAUGUGAAAAACAGCAGGGGCAAAAAGGUGAGUGACCUUUGUGCUGUUUCUUAAGAGCAGGAGACGGAUUCCACUGUGAAAGACACUCUAUACUAGAAGGAAAGGCAACAAAUAUCCCUAUCUUCAAUGACGAGAAGUUUGAGACCAGGAGAAUAUUGUACAAACCUUGUUAGAAUAAGUAUUUUUUUAAGCUUCCCACAUAAUAUAGUCACAUUUUCACAGUUUACUAGUCUAUGUCCAAUUCAGUAUGUAAGUAACUGACUCUGCUUCUUUUGGUUUUUUCUUUAUUAGGGCUCCUGCACCACAUAAAAUUUGUAUUACAUAAAUUUAUAUGCUUUUUUCUUGUUAAUCUAUCCUAUGUCAAUUUAAUCUUCAAGCCCAGCUGGGACCCUAAGAAGAUGGGAGGGAAUUUUUCCCCUCCCUACAGUACAACUGGAAUACUAUUCAAUAAUAAACUAAUUUUGAGAAUAACAUGAGUGAACCUUAAAGACACUGAAUGAAAGAGAAUACAUAAUGAAAUAAUAAUGUAUAUAAAUUCAAAACCAGGCAAAAUAGUCUACUGGGAGACACAUAACUGGGAAAACUAUGAAGAAAACAAAUAAAAACUAUCGCAAAAAUCAGAGUGUGACUGUUAUGGAGAGGGUGAGUGCAGGUGAUUAAGAAGGGGCA